AUGUCUCAACAAUCCAACUCAUCUUCUUCCAAGAACAUGUCUGGUUCUUCUAGCGCUGAACCAAGCAACCCUAAUAGAGAAGAUCCUGUUGCUGACUCUGCGAAUACCCCACAUGCAAGAAGACCUAAAGAAACUGUAUCAGGCCUCUCCUCAGCCAUCGCUCUUGAGGAACGAACCAAAGAAGGUUCCAGGUAUGUUCACAAUGCCAUUGCCACUAUGGUGAUUGGAAUACUGUCUGGUAAUCAUAAGGAGUCUAAUGUUGACAAACCCUUAGAUAAUGUGGCUGGUGAGGAAGUUCAUGUCACUCAUGAUGUCAGUGACAACCCUAACUGUGAGGCUGAAACAGUAGACCUGGAGGAAUUUUCUGAUAAUGAGCUGCUGUCCUCUGUCCUCCCUAGCAUAGCCAAAAGGGUUAGGUCUAGGAGAGAAAAGAAAACUAUGGCUCAAAGGUUCCCCAGAAAGAAGAUUGAUGUUCCAACCUCUUCCAAGACAACGGUGGCAGUCGAGAGUUUCCUCAAGAGGAAAGUUCAUGGUCCAACCAAAUCUUGGAGCAAAGGGGUGCCCAAGAAAAAGAAGACCAAGCAUGUUGUUAUUGAGUCUGACUCAGAUGUUCCGUGUAAUGUCUUUGACACUCUGUCAAAGAAGAAGCCAACCACUAGCAAGAUUGCAGCUAGUGUCUCUGAGGAAUUUAUUGUUAAUUUGUCUGAAGAAUAUGUUGAUGGCAAGUCUAAGGAAUUCAGGAAAGUGUAUGUGAGAGGCAAGUGUGUAAAUUUCUCUCCCUCAGUGAUCAACAAGUAUUUGGGAAGGCCUGAUGUAGCUCAACCUGAGCUUGAGAUUGGAGCUACUAAUUGGGUGCCCACCAAUCAUAAAUCUACAGUUGCUGUAAUGCUUGGAAUGUUUAUAUAUGCUGUUGGAACCAAAGCCAAUUUUGACUAUGGCUCCUAUAUUUUUGAUCAAACCUUGAAGCAUGCAGGAAGGUUCAGUGUGAAGGGUCCGAUAGCCUUUCCUUUUCUCAUCUGUGGUAUUGUUUUGAAUCAGUUUCCUAACAUCUUAACAGAGAAUGAUUCUGUGAAGAAAAGAGACAGCCCUAUGUCCUUCAAUCAUCAGUUGUUCCUAGGUACCCAUGUCCCUGACAUUAUCAUGACAAUAGGUGAGACAUCACGUGUAAGCAAUCAACCAAGUAAAGCUGCUAUCAUUGCAAUGCUCAAAGAAACUUGCAGGGAGUUAUAG